CACCGUUUAGAAUGGAGACUAUUACACCGGUUUGAUAAGAAUUUCCUGUUGAAAACAUUCAGAGAAAAUGGAACCAAUUGCUUUUAGAAGUUGUUUUGCGAUCGAAGAAGAACGGGAGCAGUUGAGAAAGGCUCGGCAAGAUGUCAUUAAAAAGGCAAAAUCUGAUUAUGAAAAAGCUGAAAGAAAAAAGGAAAUUGCAAAACAGAAAGGAUAUGAUGACUGGAUGUUGCCAUCUGUAUUGGAGAGAAUUGAUAAACAAAGUGAACACAAAACCAAAUCAAAGAAAUCAAAGAAAGAGAAGAAAAAAAAGAAGAAACAUAAAAAAGAGAAGAAACAGCACCGUGAUUCAGAAUCAUCCGAUUCUGAAAGCUCUGAUAAUGAAGGCAAGUGGGUUAAAAAACCUGCUGCAGUUCCUGCAACAAAUCCAUCUUCAGAUGCACCUUUAAAGAGAGACAACUGGAUGGAAAUGGGAUUUGAAGCAUUACCGACUGUAAGCCGUUACCAAAUCAGACAAGAACAAAACAAGCUGAAAAAUGCUAAGAAGGAAGAAGAGAAGAAAAAAUUAGAGUCUGUACAACAAGAGCGAGAACUAAACCCAUUUUGGAAAGAUGGUGGAACAGGAUUACCAGAAGAAGAUAAAAAAGAAACAGCAGUGCCUCACAUUUCUUGGCUGAGGAAAUCUUACAAAAGAUGUCAGGAGCAAGCUGAAGAGACUGGUCAGAGUUUGGAAGAUGUCGUUGCAGAAAGAUGGGGGUCUUUGAGAAAACUAGAAUCACUGAUGAAAAAAGCAGAAAAACUUGAAAGAGAGAAGCACGGUUCCCAGCAGUAUAGAUGUACGGAAUCGAAGAAAUCUCAUGAAUUUUCAAGUAGAAAUAGGGAGAGAUUUGGAGACAGAAGAAACAUGUUCAGAUCUCCUGAGUCUCCUAAUAAAUAUUAUUCAGAUACUCAAUCAAAAUCGGAGGACAGUUAUAAACAUGGUUCUUAUGAUAAAAAUAUGGACAAUUCCAGUCAGAAAUAUCGCUCCAAGUCACCUAGCUCUUAUCACCAUGACAAAUCUCAGGACAGUAAUAUCUACCAGUCAUCUCGAAGCUCUUAUAAAACUUCUAUGGAACAUUCCAGCAGAGAUUCAGGUUAUUGUUCCAAACCAAGUGACAGUAAAAGAUCUCAGUUUAUGAAGCCCGGUGAGCAUGAAGAUUCCGAGACUUCUAAGAGCCGUGGCAAUGUAAUGCCAUGUAAUGCCAGCGGUGUUCCACGGUGGAAAAAACAGAAUACAUCACAGCCAUCUAUCAAUUUGAAAGUUGUGAAAAAAGAUGAGGAAAGAUCUAGAGGCGGAAGUAAGCCUGGAAGGGAAAGAAAAUAUUCUUCUGGUUCCAGCUCUAGUAGCAGCAGUUCAUUGUCUUCUGCCAGUGAUGGAGAUGACAGAGAAAAAGAGAAGGACAUGAAAAAUGAAGAAGAAGUUCCUGUCAUCCUCACUGAAGAUCAGAUGAAUGAUUUAUCGGCUAAAAUUCUUCGAGCUGAACUUAUGGGUGAUGAUGAUCUAAUGGUCGAAUUACAAGCCUUAUUGAAUGCUGCAAAAGAGGCUCGGUCUCGAAACCAGCAGGCAGUGAAAAAGUGCCCAGGCAAAACUCAAGCAGAAGAUGUCCUUCUAACACAUGUUGACCGUAGUGGUGUUGCUUGGCCAAUUAUGGACUCUAAAGACAAUGUGCCAGUAGGAAAGAAAAAACGGAAAAAACUAAUUGAGACGCACACCAAAGAAGGACAACGUCAGAAAUAUUUCCAUGAUGACGACAAGUUUGAUUUGAAGAAUUUAGUCCAACAUGAAAAAAUGAGCAUAGCAGAAAACCAGAACAGUAUGUUUGCUCGACUUGCUGUCAGGAAUGUACAGAAGACAACUGAUGAGUACGUGGUCGAUGAUAUGUUUAUAGCUAAUGCUGCCAGGGAGCAAUCUGGUGCUAAAACGUUUGAUUUGCAGAAAGCAAGAGCCAUAUCUUAUCAUAAUCAGAUGUCAAAAUCUAUGGCAGGUUGUAAAUUUUGUUUUGAAAAUAUAUCAAAACAUCUUCUUGUUGCUAUUGGACAAAAAGCCUAUUUAGCUCUUCCAGAUUGUACUUCUCUCACAGAGGGACAUUGUAUUCUUGCUCCUAUUCAGCAUGUUGCAUCUUCAACUGCCAUGGAUGAAGAUGUCUGGGAUGAGGUUCAGACAUUCAAGAAGCUUCUAGUAAGAAUGUUUCAAGGACUAAACAAAGAUCCAAUAUUUCUGGAGACGAGUAUGCACUUAAACCGCUUUCCUCAUGCUCAUAUUGAGUGUGUUCCUGUAGACAAUGAAGAAGGUGCUAUGGCCCCAAUGUAUUUCAAGAAAGCAAUUCUUGAGUGCGAGACUGAAUGGAAUAUGAACAAAAAAUUGGUGGAUCUGACCAAAAAAGACAUACGGCGAUCAAUUCCAAAAGGAUUCCCAUUCUUCAGUGUUAACUUUGGUAUCCAAAGUGGUUUUGCACAUGCAAUAGAAGAUGAGAAACGGUUUUCAGUUAAUUUUGGCAAGGAAAUUAUUGGAGGUAUGAUUGACGCGGAUCCUUAUCUUUUCCGUAAAGGCCGAUAUGAGAAAUUUGAAGUUCAGCGACAGAAAGUUUUGAAGUUUUCAAGUUGGUGGAAACCCUACGACUUUACUUCUAAUCGAGACUAUAAAGAUUUGCCGUGAAACUGGACAAAAUUUCACCAAGAAACAUAUAUAUCUGUUUCAAUUUGAUAGAAUAAAAGCCAUUCUUUCAUUUGGGUUCGA